UACUCCCUUCCCUACCGUGAACCCAGUUUACCCUUGUCGAAAAAAAGGAGAACACUUUACCCUUGUCGUUUGCGCACCGGAGAUUGGAAGUAGCAGCAGCCGGACAAGGCGAUCCAGUAUGGGGGACACGUAUGUCACCGACGUUGCCUUCGGGGAGGAGGUGAUCACCACCACCCUGACGUCCUCCGGCGCAGCCGUGGAGGGCUGGGUCGAGGAGGUGUACUCCAUGUACGCCGGCUGCCCCAACCAAAUCCUCGUCGGGCUCGACGUCGAGUGGCGUCCCAGCUACAGCCGCGUGCAGAACCCCGCCGCGCUCCUGCAGCUCUGCAUUGACCAGCGCUGCCUCAUCUUCCAGCUCCUCCACGCCGACUACAUCCCUGACGCCCUGUCGGGCUUCCUCAUGGACAACCAGUUCUGGUUCGUCGGCGUCGGCGUGGCUGCGGACGCCAAUCGCCUGGCCCAGGACUACGACCUGCAGGUGCUCAAUCUGCAGGACCUGCGCGGCGUCGCGGCCGAGGAGAUGGGCAUCCCGGAGCUCCGCCAGGCCGGGCUGAAAGACCUGGCGCGCGAAGUCUUGGGGGUUACCAUCGAGAAGCCACGGCGGAUUACGAUGGGCCCGUGGGACGCCUGCUGCCUCUCCGACGAGCAGAUCCACUACGCCUGCACCGAUGCCUACGUCUCCUCGCAGAUCGGAUUGGAGCUGUUCACCGGAAACUACUAGCGUUCGAUCGAGGUGAUGCCGUGGCGAGCCCUGCAAACUUGCAUACGAAACUCGGUCCCUAGUGUGUUUGGUUUAGUUUUUGCAGCAUUUUGUUCUUACUCUCCUAGUGUUAAUUGCUUAUGUCGCGUAUUAGCUUAAGCUUCAGAGCAGGGGAAUGGUUGUCAACAUGUUCUGUGGCGGUCUGCUACAGCUUUGAUAUGUGUGCAUGUGAUGCUUACCAACGGAACCGGAUGUUCCAAAAUUGUAGUGCGUAUUAUGACACACUCUA